UUACUCUGAGUUGUUUUUAAUUUCGAAUUUACUGGGAAGAAUAAUGUUCAUAAUUUGCUUCCUUUUCCUGGUUGUUUCUGGAUGUUGUGCUCAGAAUGUGUCAUCUAGCAGCAAUGCUAAGCAGAAUAGCACGAUAAGCAAGCAUAUCGUGGGAGGUGGCGAUGCGGGAUCAACUCCCUACCAGGUUUCUUUGCAGAAACGUGGACAUUUUUGCGGAGGAGCUAUUAUAGACCGAAGAUGGGUUCUAACAGCUGCUCAUUGCCUGUCGAAUGUGCGUCCCAGAGAUGUCCUGGUGGUCGUUGGAUCGACCAGACUGAGUAGCGGUGGCUUUCCCUUCUUGGUCAGCAAAUUAUUUCCUCAUCCCGAGUACGAUGCGAGCAGAGUGACGAACGAUAUCGGUUUGGUCAAGAUAAGGGGAAUUUUCCUGUGGAUACCGAGCGUGGUGGAAAAGAUUGGACUUUCCGAAAAAUUUGUGAAUGCCAAUCAGGAGGCGAUAGUGACCGGCUGGGGUGGAACCCGACAAAGUGGUGGUCCAGUCUCGGAUAAGUUGCAGUUCGUUCAACUGCAGGUAAUCGGACAAGAGCAAUGCAGGGCCAAAUUGGAAAUGAUUGGUGAUGGACACAUCUGUACUUUCACGCAAGAAGGGCAGGGUAUUUGUCAGGGUGAUUCGGGUAGUCCUCUAGUUAAGGAUGGAAACGUUAUUGGAAUUGCAAGCUUUGGACUGGGAUUCCCUCCUGAAUAUAGCUGCGCAGCUGGUUUCCCGGAUGCGUUCACCAGGGUUUCCCACUACUACACGUGGAUAAGGGACACCAUCGAUCGUAAUUUCCUCGGAAUUUUCUUUUAACAAAAAUUGAAUCCUUUUUUGUCAUUUUUAAACAGCCGAUAUAAUAAAUUUUCUGAUAGGGUUUUACAAUACUGAUGCAAA